AGAUAAGAAUGGACUAACGCCUCUUCACUGGGCUGUAGAGCUGAAGGAAGCUCGCACGGUGAAGGUGCUCUUGGACGUUCAUAAGCUCUAUCCAGAAGCUUUGUCCUAUUCCGGAGAGACACCAGCUGAUCUCGCACGACAGGCCGGGAAUAAUGAGGUUCUGAAUAUUAUGGACAAGUAUAAGGUUAUCAAGAAAGUGGAGGACCCUGAGGAGCUGUACGAGGAGCUCUUGUCAGUGAUCGGUUCCGGGGAUGACGCGGUGAAAGCUUCCGAACUGCUGUGCCAAGGUGCCCCUCUCGAGCCUGUGGGUAGUCUCUCUACCCAUGCUCUGUCCCUCGCAGUCACGUCUAACCGCCGCAAGAUAGUGAGUCUCCUGAUCGCUGCUGGGGCUCCUCUCACCUCCAUGGCUGGGGGCUUGACUCUCCUGCAGCAGGCCUGGAAUUCCCCUGACGUCACAAUCCGAGUACAAGUCCUCAUCACUAGGGCUUACAAGAACAGGCUGGCUUGGGAGAAGCGGCAGCUCCCACCAUGGGAACGCCUUCUCCACCAAGGUAUAGACCUCAUGCUGGACACUCUAGGAGGCCCAACGCCAUGGCGGACCAAGUGGAAAUUCCUGGGCGUGAAGACGCUCACGGCUCUUAUGUGCACGGCUGCCCAGUUUAAUUGCACCCUCACAGUGUUCUUUCUGCAACAGGCAGGGGCUCAGAGCUUCCUGCUGAGUGAGGGUGGCUACACGUCCCUCCAUGUGGCGCUCCAUUUCAAACACUGGAGUCUUGCAUCUGUCAUGGUUAAAGACAUGAGCGCAAGCCUUUACAUAUCUGACUCAUCAGGUAUUCUGCCAAGGGACAUCAUGCCCAACUACUUACGAGAGGAAAUAGAAGAGGCAUUUCAUGCAAAGGAGAAGAGGAAGUUAGAUGAUAUGUAUGAAAAACUGAAAGAUGAUAGCGAAAAAGAUGUAAAGCUUAUAAUCCAACUAUCAGACGACCUCUUCUCCCUCUAUCGAAACACAGACGGCAGCAACAACUCUGAGAUUCCAUCUUAUCUCUCCUCGAUUGUCUGUGCAUCACUGUCAGUAGCAGCGCAGAGGGGACUUUUGCAGCUCAUGUACAUGAUUGUGAAAGUGUGUGGGAUACAUCCAGACACAGUGGUCGACUACACCAACGACACCACCGCGCUUCACCUGGCCGCGGCCCAUGGCAUCUCCGGCUGCGUGGCUCUCCUCCUGGAUCUUAAUGCCGAUCCUUUGCAGCCGGACAAGUACGGGCACACGGCCUUGCAUUUUGCUGCCAUGAACUGCCAUGACUCGACCUACCAGCUCCUGGUGGCAAUGGUCCAAGAUGAGGAACCAGUGAGCGUAGCAGGUACUGUGCCUUCAGAAAUCAAAGAAAAUGUGGAUAAGUAUCUCAAGCUAUACCGGAAGAUGGAGACUGCAAUCAAGGAUAACACUAAUGUCCCAGAAAGAACUGAUCCAGCAGAAGCAACAGUGACGUUGCUCAGACAGGUGGGCUUGAGUGACAUCAUAGACGACUGUAGUGACUUCAGUGUUGACUUCAGUGAGGGUGAGGCAAGGGAAGUGAGCACAGCAGUCCAAAAGGAAUGUCAGAUUAUUGCCAAUAGAGUAGCACUACAAGACAAGACUUAUGAGGGUACCCUGACUCUCGUGGGGAGUUCAUCCGAUGGCACUCGCUUAUAUGCACCGGAUGAAUGUGAUAUUAGCAUUGUUCUUUCCAAUAUCCCGGAUGUUGAGGUCACGGUUGUGGAACAGAGCGAGCGGGAGAUUUUAGACUGUGGACACAGGCUCAGAAUCGAGGUCAAGACAGAUGCACCAAAUUUUCAGGGCAACACACUCAUUGAAAACUUCUACAGCCUCGUUACAAGCUACCUGGGAUGCCACACCCUACAUGACAAGCGACUGAGUGUUGUACCCCCUGGGGUGACAAGGACCCAGGUGGGCGUGUCCCUGUCUUUCGCGUGGCAGGGGAACCAGUACCCGCUCCUACUUGUGGGCGUGGACCUGGUGCCAGUGCUCCCUCUUCCCUGGCCCAAGGACGUGCUGAGGCCAGCGCUGACGCCUCCGGACAUUCAGGAGGUCCACCUCAGCAACAAGGCAGAUGGAACUUGGCGCUGCAGCUUUGCAGGAGCCGAAGUUGCAGUGAUCAGCCAGCUCUCGCCCGGGAAGCGACGGGUCUUCCUGUCCUGCAAGACGCUGCUGUCCCGCUUGAAGGCCGAGGUGUGGAUGCCCCGAGACGUGAAGUCGCUGUACACCUGGUGGGAUUCCCGCCAGUGGAAGAUUCCCAUUCCGGCCGGAUUCGCGCUCAAGAACGCCUUCCUGAGCGUCCUGGAGCGGAAGCGAAGGGAGGGACUCGAGUGGCGCGAGCAGGACCUGCUCAGGUGGAUGAUCAAAGUGUUCAGGGAAAUGUGCAAAGCUGACGUAGACUUUUUCCAAGAGCAGGAUGAGGUGCAGUCGCGCGAGGUUCUUGUGCCCAAGAAAGUGUACGCUUACUUCGGAGGCGACUUUGAGAAGCCGAAGGUAGGCGACGGGGCUCCGGAUAUUAUCGAGAUUCUGGAGCAGCAACUUCAGAGUAACUGAUCGUCUUAAGGAAAUAUACAGUUAAAUUCACAUUUAUUUUUCUAGCUAUUAUUUUGUUGAUUUUUUAAAAUUUAUUUAACUACAUACAAUAUAGAGAAGCAGAGAAGCAGUCAUACAAAUACAAUAAAUAAACUUACACGUACACUUAUACUUAUAUCUAUACAUAUAUAUGUAUAUAUAUAUAUUUAUAUGUAUACUAUUACAGUAAAGGUAAUCAAUCAAUAUAUAAUUAGCAAAAAUGCUACUGUUGACUACGCUAACGAGGCAGUUCCAGCAAUAGCGUUCGUCGCCCCCCCCCCCCUCACCGCCUUGCCGUGAGUUCGUGGGGGGUCUUGCCUAAGUCACUCUUCCUCUGCCAUGGGUCUGGGCAAAAUCUCGCUGCUUUUUUGCUUUUAAUCGGUUCGUAAUAUAUUUGUUAGGAUUAGGGCGAUAUACUACCUUCUAGUAAUAUAUCGCAUAGAUAGGCUUAUACUGUUUUUUGUGUGUUUUGUGUAUUCUGGAUUGUGUUGGUG